AUGAGAUUCUCCUGUUCAAUUACUGCCUUGUCUGCCGCCUUGACCAUCAUGCCUUCGGUCUUUGCUUCCAAAGGAACAGUCUCGAUCCAAAUACCUCAAGAUACUCUAUGGCAUCCAGACGGAGACAAUGCCCCCCAUGCGGAACCCAUUAAAUUCGAAUUUACUGAUGGUGGCAAAAAAGAUUUCGGAUGGGGCAAAUUACAAGGUGAUGGUGAAUAUGUCUGGACAUUAAAGUGUCACGUUGAAACACCUAAAGAGUUCAAUGAGGAUGUCACUUUUACUUUGAGAAGUCAGACUGCAGCGGGUUUCGAAGGAUCAAGGGAUACACCCGCUCAUCUAUGGUGCGAUUCAGGUAGCUGUAAACUCGACAAAUGCGAAGGACCAAACGUCAUUCCCGUUGUUAAUUCCAAGGGCUGA